UUUUUUAUUAGGCCACCAGAAAGACUUCCGCCUAACAAAAUAGGCUGAGCAAAGCAAAAUUAGUUUGUAUAUUGUUACAUGUUUAACAAAAUAAACCAGCAUAUGUUACAUGGAUCCUUGAAAAUCUGGAAUCAUGAACUCUUUUCCACAAAAUCACAACAAUGGUGAUCCUGCAGAAUUUCAUCAGUUAAUGACCAAAAAGUUAAUUCAGUCCAUUCAUCAAUUCUUUGCUAUUAACUACCAGUUCUCAAAUACCUUAGCAGUAAGAGCUCAGUUGUUAGUCCAACUUGACAACAGUCAAGAUCGUCUAUACCAAUUUGAAAAUUCUGUAUCAAAAGAUGAUAUAAAAUUACCCAUAAAUGCACCAGAUGAUGACGCAAGAUCUACAACUGCAGGAAAUGACAAAGAAAUACAGACUGAUCUUCUGACAAAUGUAGCUGCCACACAAACAGAAGUUUUAUCUGAAGAAGUCAAAAUCGUCAAAGUUACAAGAUCAUCAAGUAAAGAUCAGAAAGCAGUUGAACCAGUUGUUAAAAACCAAGAAGACAACGAUAGUGAGGAUGUCUGUGUCGAUGAAUCAGACUCGGAUCAUGCUGCUGAUCUUGUUGUACUGCCUACAGUUCCUCCAGAGGAUACCAGUUCACCAGAAAAAUCAAAAAAUGAACCAGUUUCUUGCCCACUUUGUUCAGCAACCUUCAAAAGUCAAGGCAAAGUUGAGAAUCAUUUGAGAGUUAACCAUGAUAUAGGGAAUGUCUAUCUCUGUAGUUUCUGUGAAGAAGUUUGUCCAUCAAAUAGAGCCUUGCAUCAACAUCUGGAGGAGAAACAUGACCAAAAGCAACCUCAAGCGAAUACCAAAAAGAGAGGGAGGAAGCCAUCUAUUCGGAAUGUGAAAAAGCUUACCUCUGGUCUUCCUUUGAAGAAAAACCUUACUGUAACUAAAGCACUUAGUAAAGCUCAAAAUAAAGGAAACAAGAAAAAACUUAAGACUGUUAAAAAACAGAGAAUUCCUCCUCUUAGACUGAAAAUAAAGAAUGAUCAAUAUGUCAGAGAAAAAUUUUCUUGUGAUGAAUGUGAAAAAGUGUAUAGUUCAAGUAAAGCUCUGCGACGUCAUGAUCUGUCUGCACAUAAGAAAAACAAAUAUGGUUGUAAUAUCUGUGACAAAAAGUUCUGUAGUAAAGAAUCUCUGUAUCACCAUAAACGAGGAAUACAUGCUGGGGAAAAACCGUACACCUGUGAAGAAUGUGGGUCAUCAUUCAAUUUUAGUCAUAGUUUGAAACUUCACAUGCUUAAACAUAGCGGAAAACGACCUUUCCAAUGUGUAGAAUGUGAUAAGACUUAUCUUACUUCUAAUCAUUUGAAAAUGCACAUGAUUGGAGUUCACCAAAACAACAAAAUUCACACAUGCCGAUUCUGCAGUAAGUCUUUUGCAUACAAAACAAGUUUAAAAGUUCAUGAAAUGACUCAUGAGAACAUUAAACCUUACAAAUGCAAGUACUGUGACAAAGGUUUUGUAAAUAGUCACUCACUGAAAUAUCACACAGAAUCGAAACACGAAAUGGACAAAUGGUUUAAGUGUGAAGUUUGCCAGAAAGAAUUUAAAACAGAAUUCUCUAUGAAGACUCAUAGACGUCGCCAUAGUAUGGAUGGCAAUAGGUUCAUGUGUGAUGUGUGUGGCAGACAGUUCAUGUACAAGAGCACACUUGAAAUACACACAGCCAUACAUAAGGAUGAGAAGACCUACCAGUGCAGUACCUGUGGUAAAUCCUUUAAAACGUAUGCCACCCUUUAUUCACACCAGUAUGUCCAUAAAACUGAAAGUCCUUACCCUUGCCCUGAAUGUGGAAAGCCUUUUAAAACUAAAGAGAGGUGCAAGGCUCACCAGAAAAGGCAUGCUGGUACCAAGUCUUACUCGUGUGAAGUAUGUGGAAAUUUGUUUCAAGACAAAGGUGGACUGUCUAAGCAUAAGAGAACAGUUCAUGCGGAUUAUAAGCGAUUUGCUUGUCCUGUUUGUGGAAAAACUUGCUCACGGGCAGAUAAUUUACGUGUUCACAUGAAAAUUCAUGGAAAGUUAACUCAGAAUGCGGAACCCAUUGAUACAACAACAUCUAUAGAGUCGCAGGUUGAGAAAGCUACUUAUAAUGCUGUGGCUGAUGAAAUGAAUCGGCAACAGCAUGAACAGAGAGUGCAGGAACCAGAAGGCAGUGAACCAGCUUCAGGGGUACCAGUACCAGAGCAUCGUAAACCAUCACCAAGUGCUGACAGCUAUGCAUCUCAUCAUUCUGUUAGAGAAAUGUCAGAAUCACCAACACUUACACCACUAGCAUCAAGUCGUACUUACCAUGAACAGUCUCACUUUACAAACAUUUCCCCGGCACCAAAUUUGAAUGUACCUUUAGCUUUAACAUCUAUGGCAAGUUCACACAUACAUCCUGCAGAUAGUAGUGAUGUUCCGACACCACAUGGUGGUCCAGUAACACAGAUUCCUAAUCCCUCUCCUUUUAUGUACAUGUGGCCUUAUAUUAAUCCUCACCAGAAUGUUCAGAAUGCACCGGAACAUGAAUAUUAUGGACAGUGAAUAAAAGGUCGGUCUAUUUUUUGUUUAAACUUUGAAAUGCCUUACCAUACCAAAUAGAUAUACAUUGUAUUGUGCAUUCAUUUAUUUUUGUGUUUGUCAAUUUUCUUUGAUUGUCAGAAGAUUGUGUAUUUUUUCAGUAUACCGUUGUACUUGAUUUCUUUGUUUUUAAUCCACAUGCUAUCUUUUAGAAAAUUUGUAACUUAUCUUAUGUCCCCUUUUUAGCUCACCUGGCCCGAAGGGCCAAGUGAGCUUUUCUCAUCACUUGGUGUCCGUCGUCCGUCGUCGUCGUCGUCGUUAACUUUUACAAUAAUCUUCUCCUCUGAAACUACUGGGCCAAAUUAAACCAAACUUGGCCACAAUCAUCAUUGGGGUAUCUAGUUUAAAAAAUGUGUGGCGUGACCCGCCAAACCAACCAAGAUGGCCGCCAUGGCUAAAAAUAGAACAUAGGGGUAAAAUGCAGUUUUUGGCUUAUAACUCAAAAACCAAAGCAUUUAGUGCAAAUCUGACAUGGGGUAAAAUUGUUUAUCAGGUCAAGAUCUAUCUGCCCUGAAAUUUUCAGAUGAAUCGGAUAACCCGUUGUUGGGUUGCUGCCCCUGAAUUGGUAAUUUUAGGGAAAUUUUACUGUUUUUCGUUAUUAUCUUGAAUAUUUUUAUAGAUAGAGAUAAACUGUAAACAGAAAUAAUGUUCAUCAAAGUAAGAUCUACAAAUAAGUCAACAUGAUCAAAAUGGUCAGUUGACCCCUUUAUGAGUUAUUGCUCUUUACAGUCAAUUUUUAACCAUUUUACAUAAAUCUUAGUAAUCUUUUACAAAAAUCUUCUCCUCUAAAACUACCAGGAUAAAUUAAAACAAACUUGGCCGCAAUCAUUAUUGGGGUACCUAGUUUAAAAAAUGUGUGGCAUGACCUGGCCAACCAACCAACAUGGCCGCCAUGGCUAAAAAUAGAACAUAGGGGUAAAAUGCAGUUUUUGGCUAAAACUCAAAAACCAAAGCAUUUAGAGCAAAUCUGACAGGGAGUAAAAUUGUUUAUCAGGUCAAGAUCAAUCUGCCAUGAAAUUUGCAGAUGGAUCGGACAACCUGCUGUUAGGUUGCUGCCCCUGAAUUAGUAAUUUUAAGGAAAUUUUGCCGUUUUUUGUUAUUGUCUUGAAUAUUAUUAUAGAUAGAGAUAAACUUUAAACAGCAACAAUGUACAGCAAAGUAAGACCCAAAAAUAAGUUAACAUGACCAAAAUGGUCAAUUGACCCCUUAAGGAGUUAUUGUCCUUUAUAGUGCAUUUUUAACAAUUUUCAUAAAAUUUGUAAAUUUUAACUAACAUUUUCGACUAAAACUUUUAGGCCAAGUUCAAUAUAGAUAGAAAUAAUUGUAAGCAGCAAGAAUGUUCAGUAAAGUAAGAUGUACAAACACAUCACCAUCACCAAAACACAAUUUUGUCAUGAAUUCAAAUGCAUCCUUUGUUUAAUAUUCACAUAGACCAAGGUGAGCGACACAGGCUCUUUGGAGCCUCUAGUUUUAGUUUUUACUCAGUUGUAAAAAUAUGAGAGAGAGUUCCUAGGUUUUAUCAUUGUUAAUAUGUAUACAUGUAUGUUUUUUUAUAUAUUUUGGACUGCUCAAGCAGAGUUUUUCAUGUGUGUGCUUUUUUCAAACCCUUCCGUUUGCAAUCAUAAUUGACCGAAAUAAAAAAUCUGUAUCAUUAUGGUCACGCACAUUUAAUAAUGAAUUGGUCUGUUCACUGACAGAAAACACUUGUUAUAGGCUUUCAUUAUUUAUUGUUAUUGGAUAUUACAGUAUUUUAUAACAGCACACACAUAUUCUUAAUUGUGUAUACAUUUUUAAGAUGUUGAUUAGAAAGUAUAUGAUGAAUUUUCAAUUUUCUUUGAUGUAAGUCUGGUUAAUUGUAAAGUAAAAUGCUAUCAAAGCAGCAAUGAUGGCAGUGUACCAAAAUGAUUCAUAACACAUGUUAAAGCAAAUAACUUCCAUUAAAAUACAUUUUGUCAUUCUUUUAAAGUGAAGAAAUACAAUUUCAAUUGUUAAUACAUUUUAUAUGAAAGCAAAACUAUAAUUUUAAAUUUUAAAAAGAUGCAUUUCUGCUGAUAAUUUUAACUGUUAAACCGCACAAACGCCAGGAAUGCAGGUUUAUGUAUCGCUAAUAUUUUUUUGAAACAUGAAUUUAGCAGAUGCAUGGUAUUUCAGGGAUUUUUAUAGCUGGCUAUGUGGUAUGGGUUUUGUUCAUUGUUGAAGGCUGUAUAGUGACCUACAAUUGUUAAUUUCUUAUUCAUUUUGGUCUAUUGUGGAGAGUUGUCUCAUAGGCAAUCAUACAUACCACAUCUUUGUUUUUAUGUGUACAUUUAAUCCUCUUGGCUAUUAGGUAUUCAGAUUUCUGUAGUGUUGAUGAUUAUGAUACUGAGGUUUUUUUUUAAGCUUUUAUAAAAAUAAGGAAAUCAGACUUCAUGGAUGUUUUCCACCCUUGUAGUGAAAUAGUAAAUGAUAUGAUAUAAAUCAUAUAUAUGUGGAUUUUUUAACAAAAGUUUGUCCUCAAGACAGAGUUUGAAGAUUUAAUAUAUUCAUGUAUAUAUAUAUAUCAUUUGCAGUAUUAAUUCUAAUUAUAUUGAUUGGAAAUACUUAUAUUUUUCUUUUCUAUAAACAGGCGAUUUUUUGAACUGCCCCUCAUUUCAAAAUUAUUUUGAUGGAUAAGAAUAAAAAGUCAUUGACAAAUUGAUGGAUAAGAAUAAAAAGUCAUUGGCAAAUGUCACUGUCCUGUUGAAUCAAAUGGUGCUAACUAUAUUUUCUACAGAAUUUCACAGUUUCUUUUCAAUACACAGAUUUUUCAGUAAUUGUAAUUCUAAAUGUGUUCCAACUUGAUUAUUAGUGAGUUUCAGGAUGCUACCGGUAUAUGCAUUUUGGUUCCUGUAUAAGUUAAAAACUAUUUUUACUUUAAACUUUUUGUCUUUUUUUUCCUGAAACUGGUGCCUAGAAAAUAACUUAAAACUUCAAUUUGGAUUAUUUAUAACAGCUUCCUCAGUAACUAGGCAUCUUUUUAUUCAAAAUGUGCAUAUGAUGAUAUUGUGAAAUGUCUAACGAAUUAUUUAUGCUAAUGCCAAGCUGUGAUAACACCUUAUUUCUUUUCCUUGAGGAUAUAUACAUUGUAUAUAUAAACGAGUCUAAACGAGUCUAAAUAUAUAUAUAUAUAUAUAUAAAAUUCAUUAUUUGGUUAAAACUUUCAUGAAUGUUUACUUUGUUUUAACUUUAGUUUUAAUGUUCACAAUACCACUAUUGCUUUUACAUGAUCUGUUGUAAAUAGUUUUCUGAACCUAGUUAUAUAUGUUCUCUGUUACUGCUUUAACUAUUUGUUACUCAUACCUGCCAACUGUCACUAUUUGCGGGGAAUUUCCCCCAUGGAGGCUCCCAAAUUGAAAUUUUGAAAGGGCAAUUUUGUCCACAAUUUAAACAAAACAAUUAAUUUUACAAUUACUUGAGGUUUAUAAAAGUAUGGAGAAGCCAAAAAACAACAUAAAAAUAUAUUUGCAGGCCCCCCUUGAAAGUUUUUUAAGACUAUGAUAGCCAUCUUGCAUGCAAAAACCCCAUGGGCAUGUUGAAAAGUUGGCAGGAAUGGUUACUUCUGACUUUGAAGUGUAAUGAUCUUGCAUUUGGCUGAAAAUAACUUUAAUUUGGUCAGGAAUAUGAAAAUAAAGAGAAGUAGUACGAUUGCCAAUGAGACAACUAUCUACCAGAAUUUAAAUGUUGUAGAUAGACUCAAUCAUUGGAGACCUUUAUAAACUCUUUUUAAUACUGUUUAUUUUGAUUUCAAUACUAGUUUGUUAUUGUGCUAUGAAUGAUUAUUUGAAGGAUAAUUUAUAAUGUCCUUUCAAGGACAUUUGAUUCAAGAAAAUUUGAAGAGUUACCUUGAAAGGGGGCGGAGGUCUAGAUCAUGUUAAAAAUAUGAAUUCCUUGGGUUAUUACUACACUCAUAUGUGGAAAAGCCUAGCGAAAGGUAGUGCGACGUUAUCAGUCAAACACACUUUAUUAGAUUAACUCGUGAAGGAAUGAUAGUUUUCAUUGGUAAAUUCAAACCUUCAACCUCACACCUGGGAAAAUAGAACACACGUACUAUAAGUUGAAUGGACUAAUCAGUAUUCACGUAGCUGGUCAAGGUUAUUGUAAUAACACAUUUAUUGUAAAUUUGAAUAGCAGAAAUAAAUGUUCUGUGUCCUAAAAAUAUAGUCCUUUCCAAACAAUACAUUUUUAUAUAGAUUAGACCUUUGGUUUUCCCAUUUGAAUGGUUUUACACUUUAAUUUUUGGUGUGAGCCAAUGCUCUAUGGUGAAGGCAGUACAUUGACCUAUAAAAGUUUACUUUUAUAAAUUGUUAAUUGGAUGGAGAGUUGUCUCAUUGGCACUCAUAGCACAUCUUCCUCUAUCUAUAUAAAAUGAUUACAGCAUUUACCAAAAACAUUAGACAGUACACAGAGGCGGAUUCAGGGGGUCCCGGGUCCCCCCUUUUUUGGAAAAAAAUUGGUUUCUUAUAUAGGGAUCACUGAAGCGGGCCCCCUCUUAGGUCUGUCAGUGGGCCCCCACUUAUGAAAAUUCUUAGAUCUGCCACUUGUACAACAGAACACACCAAAAAACAACUUCUUAGAGAAACAUAACACAAAACAAUAAAGAACAACCUACUGUCCAGAAAGCCUGAAUUAGUUUAUACACAAAAGAGGCCAUCAUGUAGUGGGGUCCACAUUUCAGCUUAGAAAUGACUGUCUCAUGUUAGCCCACUGUUUGAUAUAUUACGCAAAAGUAUUUGUAUUUUUGCUUGCAAAUGUAUGUGAAUCAUGAAUUAAAAGUGGUGAAAUAAAACAGCUUGAAUUUUUGUAUAUUUAUUAAUGUGUGUUUAUCUUUUUCAUCAACUGUACAUAGAUAUAGCAAUAUUUGAAAAUGUGAUGUUUUUUUUAAAUUUUUUGUUUUUUUAUGUGUACCUUUUUUUCCAAAUAUGCAUUUUAAUUUGUUGAAUUUAACACAUUUAUCAUGUGAAUAUUUUUCCUGCUUGCAAGGUAAAACAAAAUGUAUUGAUCCAAUGUAUGCAGGUCAGUAUUGAUAGCUAUGGCUUAACGGAUUAAAGUUUAGAGAGAUUA